UCCACUGGGAGAAACGUGCAACGUUAGAAACGUACCGAAAUAGCUCGAACCUUUAUUAGUUACGUGUUUCGGGUAUUCUUCAAAUAUGGAGGAGCUGAUUUGGUACCGAGAGUAACACCAUUUUGGUUUUAAAACACGAUGAAAGUAAAAUUGAGUAAAGAAAGGUUUUUAGUUUUGUAGGCCUAAUCACCGAUAUGAAGUGGUUUUUCCCAUACAGCUUCUAGUGUUGUAUAAAGACAGUAGAGACACAAACAAUACGAAGCCGGUGAGAGGAACAGAUAGAGCUAAAUUAUACAUUCGACAAACUAGCCAUUUCGGGUUGUCCAGCCUUGUCUGUAUAACAAGUGCCAUUAUGCCACUACACACGGGAGAAGAAAAUAAGAUCUCCCGACUGUAAACACGAUGACUCAUCAUACUCUAGUUUCUAUUCACAAACUAUCCACAUUACUAGAGAUUACCACAAAAACUACCUAUGUUACCAGGAUUUCUUAAGUAAAAUAAACAGGCUACCAGAAACCCCAUACACAGUCAUUGAAUUUCAGGUCAUUUAUACAAACUACUAAGGCCAAAAGAUAAAAAUGAGAAGAAAAACUUUUAUUCACUUCCACGACCUUCUUUGAAAGGAUUAUUAAGUAAAUCACACGACUUAUAAAUGCAGCCAUGAAGAUACCGAAUUCCAACGCUAAUGAUCAACUUUUUAUCCCUAAACGGCGGCUGUCUGCUGCGACGGUUCAAGUCAACAGUCUGCGCAAGUUUACAAGGCAACGUGCUCUACCCCGAUUGUGUCAGUUUUUGUUACUGAUGGUACUGACCAUUACAGUUGGGAUCAACAUUUUCUUUAUUCUUGACACAAGCCAGAAACUACAGAAGACAUCUGAUACAGAUUAUAACGAAGGCACACACAGCAUAGAAGGAAGACGCAAUAACUUCCAUCUUCAAGAAAGUCUUCCAAAGAGUGUCAUAAUUGAAGUAUGUUCCAGUCAAUCAAAAGUCACCGUUUCUGUUGAUGGGACAACAAUUUUAGAGGACCCAGAGGAGAGUAAAGGAAGGGGUAUCCAUGUCCUGGUGCUUAACCAAGCAACUGGUAGUGUGAUGGCACAACGUGUAUUUGAUACUUACUCACCUCACGAAGACGAAGCAAUGGCACUUUUUCUUAACAUGGUUUCUGAUGGAAGGGUCUUUAUAUUUACAAUCAAGGAUGAGGGAACAUUCCACAUGAAACAACCUGCAAGAGACUUACUGAAGAAGCUUGGGAGUAAGAAGUCACAGGUGAUUGGUUGGCGAGAUAUGUGGGCUAUGGUAACCCAGAAAGGAGGAAAAAUGUAUGGAGAAUCAUACAGUAAAAGUCCAGAGUUCAACACUUGGGGAGCCCCAGUUUUCCUUCGUGUGGAAGUGCCAUUAGUUCCUGCAGAAAACAGUGAGUGUGGUUGGCCUGAGACAGAAGAAAAUGAAAGGCGUCGAUCUUUCUGUAAUCACAUUGAAGGUUAUGGUAGUGUCUGUAGCUGUACAGACCCAGCUCCUUUAAACUUUAAUCCUGAACCAUUGCCAGACAACAAAGUCUAUGAUGUACCUGUUGCAGUUGUUGCUAGCAACAGACCUCAUUAUUUGUACAGAAUGCUUCGAUCUCUACUGUCUGCUCGUGGAUGUAACCCAAAGAUGGUUACAGUUUUUAUAGAUGGCUACUUUGAAGAGCCAUUGGAAGUAACAAAGUUGUUUGGUCUAAGAGGAAUUCAGCACACACCAAUUGGAGCCAAAAAUGCUCGAAUCUCCCAGCAUUACAAAGCUAGUCUUACAGCAACCUUUAACCUGUUUCCUCAAGCCAGGUAUAGUAUUGUUAUAGAAGAAGACCUGGAUGUCUCUCCAGAUUUUUUCAGCUAUUUCAGUCAGACAUUGCCAUUGUUGGAUGAGGAUGAUUCUUUGUACUGUAUUUCAGCUUGGAAUGACCAGGGCUAUGAACACACAACUGGUGACCCAAGUCUCUUGUAUCGAGUUGAAACUAUGCCAGGAUUAGGUUGGAUCUUAAAACGAAUUUUAUACAAGGAAGAGUUAGAACCAAGAUGGCCAACUCCAGAGAAGCAAUGGGAUUGGGACAUGUGGAUGAGACUGCCAGAUAUCAGAAAAGGACGAGAAUGUAUUAUCCCUGAUGUAUCUAGGACGUACCAUUUUGGUUCUUCAGGACUGAACAUGAACUCAUACUUUCAAGAUGUGUAUUUCAAAAAACAUGCCUUUAACACUCUGCCGAACAUCCAGAUUAAAGAUAUAGACAGCCUCAGAAAAGACAAUUAUGAAAUUUUACUUGAGGAACUAUUAAGAACUGGAAUAGUCUUGGAUCACAGCAAGUCACCUUGUGAAGAAAACUUUAUACCAGAGACUAAGGGGGAAGUAUAUAUCAUGUUUAUAAAGAUGAACACACCUAAAGAUUUUACCACUUGGUUAGAAGUUGCAAAAUGCUUCAGGAUCUGGGACUUAGAUGCCAGAGGUCAUCAUAAAAGCAUGUGGCGGAUGUACAUUAAAGAAAAUCAGUUGAUUGUAGUUGGCGUACCAAACUCUCCAUACUCAGCCUUCAAACCUGCCAGAGUGACUCCAAUUUACUUGGAAAACCAGAAACUUGAACCUAAGUAACCCAUAUCUCUCAAAAUGGAACCAACAGAAGUGAAAAGUGUGAUGAACUGCUGAUAGAGAACUUUUCAAAUUACUAAUCAUCAAUGAAGCCCAGUGAACUUCACGUGCUAAAAGUAUAUGACUGAAAACAUAAAUAAAAAGGAUCCUACUGAUUGUUAACUACAGUGCCUUGUAAAGGUAUUUACCCCACUGCAAGGUUUCCACAUUUUCUUGCCGUCUGAGCUUUUAAUCAUGAAACUUUCAAAUGGGACUUUAUAUUUCGAAUCUACACAAUCUACUCUUAAACUAAGAAAGCUAAAAAAAUGCUCAUAUUAUGUAAGCAAGUUAGAUUUUCAAAGAAAAUUAGUACAUUAUCAAUUUCAUAAGUAUUCAAACCUUUUACUAUGGCAACCCUAAAUCAGUUCAGGUGCAAAAGAUUAGUUUGAAAGGUCAAAAAAUGAGUUUAAUGAUCUCUGUAUGUGUGUAAUCAAAGUGUUUUUUUAACUUGACUUUAGAGUAAAUGCAUCUAUUCAAGCCACAACUCAUAUAGUGAUACAACAAACCAACCAUGAAGACCAAGGAGCUUCCCAAACAAGUCAAGGAUAAAAUGGUGGAGAAGCACAGAUCAGAAGAAGGUUACAAGAAAAUUUCAAAGUUGCUGAUUAUCAUUUUGAGUAUGGUGAAGUUCAUGAUUAAGAAGUGGAAUGUGCUUCAUACCAUCCAGUUGCUACCCAGAUCAGGUCGCUCUUCCAAACUUAGCAGCCGGGCAAACAGGAAACUGGUUAGGGAUGCCACUGUGAAGCCAACAGUGACUUUGAAAGAUUUGUAAAGUUCUCUGGCAGAGAUGGAAGUCAGUGUCCAUACAUUGACAGUAUUCGGGUGUAAGCCUAACACAGCACAUCAUCCAACCAACGCCAUCCCAACUGUCAAGCAUGAAAGUGGCAGCAUCAUGUUAUGGGGAUGCUUCUCAUCAGCAAGGAUUGGGAGCCCCGUCAGGACUAAGGGGAAGAUGGAUGGUGUAAAAGCACAGGCGAAUCCUAGAGGAAAAUCUGCUUGAGUCAGCCAAAAAUCUAAAACUGAGUCCAAAAUUCACAUUUCAGCAGGACAAUGACCUGAAGCACAAGGCCAAAGCCCACUGAAGUGGUUUUAAAAGAAGAAAGUGAUUGUCUUGGAGUGAUUCAGUCAAAGUCCUGACUUGAAUUGAAUAGAAAAUUUAUGGCGAGACUUGAAUAUUGCAGUCCAACAAUGAUUCCUAAUGAACUUGUCAGAAUUGGAGCAAUUUUGCCAGGAAGAAUGGGUAAAAGUUACAUCAUUUCAUUGUGUAAAGCUGGUAGAUACCUUUCCAAAAAGACUCAUAGCAAUAGUUGCUGCCAAAUAUACUUCCACCAAGUACUGACUUAGGAGGCUGGAAAUUUAUACAAUCAGAAAAUUUCAAUUUAUAUAUUUUUUUUUUGCAGGUUUUGUUGACAUUCAACCUCCUUCACACCCAACAGUGUUAAGU